AUGGGCAGUAAAUGCUGUAAGUCUGAACCAGAUAAUGACGCUUUAGAGAAAGAGAGGCAAAAAAAGUUGCUUCUUGCAAAACAACGCCAGAGAGCAAGAGAGAAGGCAGCUGGGGAGAUCCAGGCCUGGUGGCGUGGCACCCUGGUGCGUAGGACUCUGCUGGCAGCUGCCCUCAGGGCCUGGAUGAUUCAGGACUGGUGGAGAACAGUCCUGUGGAGGCAGGUGUAUAAGCGGCGGCAGAUCUCACUGAAGAUCUAUGUAAUCCAGGAGCAGGCGGUGGUCAAGCUCCAGUCCUGGGUUCGCAUGUGGCAGUGCCAUCAACGUUACUGCCAAGUGUGCAACGCUGUUUGCAUACUCCAAGCCCCAAAGAGCUGCUUCACCUUUCAGACCAGUGAUGUUUCACAGGCACAAUAUGAAGGCACUUUCAACCAGCCGGAGUUCCAUAUUGAAAUCCUAUCCAUCUAA